GGUGGCGGCGGUGAGGAGGUAGCAGUGGUGGCGGCUCUGGAGGCCGCAGUCCGGGUCCUGGCCUCGGCCCCAGUCCCACCAUGGUGACGCUUGCUGAGCUGCUGGUGCUCCUGGCCGCUCUCCUGGCCACGGCCUCGGGCUACUUCGUUAGCAUCGACGCGCAUGCCGAGGAGUGUUUCUUCGAGCGGGUCACCUCGGGCACCAAGAUGGGCCUCAUCUUCGAGGUGGCCGAGGGCGGCUUCCUGGACAUCGACGUGGAGAUUACAGGACCUGAUAAUAAAGGGAUUUACAAAGGAGACCGUGAGUCCAGUGGGAAGUACACAUUUGCUGCUCACAUGGACGGAACAUACAAGUUUUGUUUUAGUAACAGGAUGUCUACCAUGACUCCAAAGAUAGUGAUGUUCACCAUUGACAUAGGGGAGGCUCCGAAAGGACAAGACAUGGAAACAGAAGGUGGUGGAGAUACCUGGGAUGCUCAUCAGAACAAGCUGGAAGAGAUGAUCAACGAGCUGGCAGUGGCAAUGACAGCUGUGAAGCACGAGCAGGAGUACAUGGAGGUCCGGGAGAGGAUACACAGAGCCAUCAACGACAACACAAACAGCAGAGUGGUCCUUUGGUCCUUCUUUGAAGCUCUUGUUCUAGUUGCCAUGACAUUGGGACAGAUCUACUACCUGAAGAGAUUUUUUGAAGUCCGGAGGGUUGUUUAAAAGGCCUUUUCCUUAUGAUCCUAAACUCAUAAUUCACUUGUUUACCAAACACCUUGGUCAUAAUAGUGUCAUUAGUUUCUACAUUUUUAUUUUUGGAACUGUACAUUCACAGCUUAUGUUUCUUUGUGAUUAAUAGAUACUGGGGGAAACCUUUUUAGGAAAGUUAUAGUGAAAAUUUGACAUUUGAUUGGCAUAAAAUUUCUUAUUUGAAUGCUGCCUUCGUUACACAGAUCCUUCCAGAAUUCAGACACUGUAAACAGAAUACAGGAGUCUAGUUUUUUAUUAUGCUUUAUCUUUUUGUUUUCAUUAAAAAAAGUUUGUUCAGGAAUUCGGCAUAAAGCCUGAUAGAACCUUACUACAAUGACUGCAGUCUCUGGACUCCCUCCUCCUGUGGCUCAAGUCAUUAAAGAGUCACUUUGUCCAGCUGUUACAUGAAACGGUGAUUUCCAUCCUGACAUUUUCAGCCCGGUGUAACAGCAGAGUGCUCUGACUUGGGAGUGUGUAGCAGGCUGGCUCCUUUUAUACUUUCCCCUAGUGUGCUUCAGUCUACGACUUGCCCCAACAAACAUUUCCCCCUAAAUUUUUCCAUUGAACCUUAAGACUGAAUCACCCUCCACUUCAACUGGUGACACAAGCAGCGAAACUGACCAUUGUUUUCUGCCUAGCCUAAGAAACCUCUGUUAAGCCAGUUCCCUGGGUGUUUCAGCAAAUGCCAGCUACUCUCUGUGCUGGGACAUCUCUUUUCUCCACUCUUGGCACGUAGGAAAUAUGCAAUCACAUCAUUGGAAAAGUUGGGAUUUCUGAUGCCAAAGGGUUAAAGCCUCUUGGGUUUCUUUGCAGUGAUAAACAGCCACUAUUUUUUCUUCAUUCAGAGCACUGAACACCAGUGUCAGUGUCAGCACCGUGGUUCUUGUUUUUGUUUCUCCCGGGUCUUUCUCUUUUGGGACACGUGAGUUUUGUUUUAUAGAAAAGGAAAAGAUUUCCUUGCUCUCUGAUGAUGGAUUUAAGAUUAAAGGAGCUUCUGGUGGUGUGGGAGUGAUUCAAGAUUAUGUUGUGACUGAUGUAUAUUAGUUACUUGUGCAUUUUUUUUGAUCUUUGCAAGGGGAAAACUGUAAGUAACAAUUUUAUAUAAUUAAUUUAAAUUUGUUACAGGUUUUCAUGUUCAGGACAAUUUUUCAACCUUGGGUGAAAAUACUUGCAAACAGUUUACUAAUAAGGUGACUGUUUCACCUUAGGACAACUGUUGCAUGCCAAUUUUUUUGUGUGGAAACAUCUCCAAAUUGAAUUAAAAUAUGUAAAUUUAAAAUUGGCUGUGUAUCUAAUAUCCCCCAGGUUCAGAAAAUAAACAAUUCUUUUUAAAAACA